GUUCUGUACUUAUACGACCACUCUGGGUGGGCUCAGUUUCCUCAGCGAUUUCUUCAUCGAAUUUCUAAAGCUGGAAGAAUAAACAUUUUAGCCAAUUUGUCUGUUUCCUUAGAUAUAUUGAAAAGUGUAAGCUGAGAAGGUACGGAGGUCCCACUGCAAGGAUGAUCUGCUCUGAUAAAGACUCACAUCUGACCCCAGUGAAGAAAUCUGGACAGAAGAGAUUCCUGCGUGCACAGGGCCACCCAUCCCCAGCUUUGUGCUGUGCUUGUGGACUUUGCAUACUGCUGGCGGGCGUCAACAUCACUCUGGUAGGGGCUUUUGGCUUUGCCAAGAUGUUGCCAUUAAACAACCCGCCCAUCAUCAUUGGGCCUCUCCUCUUGCUGGUGGCGCUGUCAUUUUUCGGGGCAUGCUGCAUGUGCAGUCGCCAGCCGACCAUCCACUCAUCCCGCAAGGCUGCCAGGCAAAAUCAUUGGGGGUUAAUGAGAGUGGCUGGCGCUGCAUUCGAGAUGGAGGCCAGUGAGCACACGCUGCAGGACACCACCGCCAUUCAGCUCAGCCCAACAAACUCUCCAUGCUCCUCCCACCGCUCUAGCCCCACCCACUCACACAUAAUUGUGCUCCACCCAUCAGAGACCAACAACUCACCAGAUGAAAGUCAUUUAUCCUGUGAGGCAUCUUCAAUAGGAGAUGAUACCAGUCCACCUAGCCCCUCACAUGAUGCCAUAGAUACAUAGCCUGCACUUGUGCACUGAGUUACUAGUUUAUUAGAUACACCUAGAUUGUAUCUACACUCAUUGACCAAUCUUUCAUUUAUUUAAUUUCCACUCAAAACAGCCAUGAAGUACAAGAUGUUUAUUUUUCAAAGUCUCAACGACUAAAUACAGUAUCAAUUUUUUCAGUGUUCAGGAUGUCCAAGUGGCUUUAAAUUAAAAAUGACCACUGUAAACUGGAUUUUCAUAGGUGGUAGAUCACCCUCCACCCUGCAGCGACAUUAAGAUAUUUGAAAACCCCAGCACACACUGUGAUGUUGGUGUCUCUGCUGUGCUUAGAAUGGUGUGCCACCCAAAUAAUAUUUGUUAGAGGUGGUCCUAUGGUGGUCCCUUUUCAUUGAUGGAUGGGACAGUUGAAAGUUGAUUCACUGUGUAGCAGCAACUGGGCUACUCUUAGGAACUGAAACCCAUUUAUAGUAGGUGUAUUUACCUAAUACACCUACCUAAUAAACUGGCAACUCAGUGUAUGGUUUUAAAUCACAGAUGCUGCAGUUUUCAGACUUUUAUUCCACCACACUGUUACUGCAGCAUACCUGAAACAUCUCAAGAGAGACAUAUAUGAAUUUUAAGAACUACCACACAGAGACAGACCUUGCUUUGAAAAUAAUACUGAAAAUUAUUUGCUGUAGUUCCAUUCAGCACAUCAGGUCAGUCAGCCUGCAGACACUGAUGGGGUGAGAAAAGCUCAUCAUGUGUCCUGAUCUCACACCUGUGUGACCACAGAAAAAGGAGAAGAGACUUCUACCUCAUCCUGCUGACUCACUGUGACAGACUAUGAGCUGAAGCUUUCAAUCAAAAAGUGUUCCAUUCAUUUAAGGACAUCUUUCACAUGCUUCACUCUCACUGAUCAUUACAGUCAGUUUGCUUUACCUUCACUGAGUGCAUUUAAAUUUGUGUACCUAUAGUCUGUUUAUGAGACAAAUAUAUUUUGAACAGAAAGAAUUCUAUUUGAAACUAGAGGACUUGUCCAAUAAUAGUGCUAACUCUGUUUGAGAACCAGUAGACAGCAAUUAGUAUUACUGACCUACAUAAAGGUCAUUUGGGCUAUUUGAUUCUGGUCACUCAUGACUAACAGCUGUGAAUUUUCAGUGUGCAAGAUACUUUAAAUAUAGAAGGAUAUACAUAAAAACAUAUAGAUAUAAUCCAGUUUUUUAUUUUAGUUAAUUUAUUUAAUGUAUUAUGACCACCCUUUCAUUUAUUUAAUUUAAAGUCAAAACAGCCAUGAUUACAUACACACUAGUCACUUUUCAGCGUCAGAAAAAAGUAUUUAGUUAAGGGUUGACAGAGAGGAUUGACAUCUCUGUUAAGGAUGGACAGAGAGAGCUGAGGAGUAGAGCUUGAUUUUCUCCUCUCUCUUAAAGAAGAAAGCUUUAAGUACUCUGUUUAUCUGACUUGUUUGGAGUCCCAUUUUAUAUCUUUAGAUCUUUUACGAGGGGUGCCUAGAUUUUUGCAUAAGACUAAAUGUAUGCUGCUUCUUUCGGGGCCUGGAACAUGUAACUUGUACUUUAUGUCUGUUUUAACUAGAAAUUAGCCAACGAAACGGUGGUCUCUGACAUUUGCACAGUACUGUAUAAUGCUAUUAAAAAUUAGGGUAUUAUAUAAAGGAUAUAUAAAGUGUGAAAUAGAUGUUUACUUUUGUUACAGUGAGUCAUUAGUAUUUUAGUCAUUAUGGACUGACUGGAUGGAGUAUUCACUACUGUUGACACAAUGUUUUAAGAUGUGUAAAUCCUGUCUAAUUUAUCCAAUACAAUUGUAAAUGAA